AAUAUUGAUGUAAGUGUAAAUACGCAAAACCAUUUACUUUGUCAAACGUCAGCGUCUUAUAAAAAAAAAACAAACAAUAGUCGCCGUCUCGCCCUAGUCGAAUUUGACGUUAUGGCCGCUCUGGACGCGUUUCGCGAGAGUCUGCUCAGGUUCUGCGAUCUGUUGGAUCAGUUUAUUUACUUCGUUUGUUUCGAAAAGCUCAGCGGCGAUUGCCAAGACAAAUCCAGCCGGCAGCCGUGUCACCGGGACGCCGUGUGGUCGCUGGACGCCGAAUCGUCUGAGAUAUUUGACGCGCUUAGUCGGAUGCAUUCUCUGCUCAGCGACGCCCAAGACAACGGACAAGUCGCGGGACAGGUAAAACGGCGAUCAAAAUUGUUCGACAGACGGUUGUUCCAAGAAGAAUGUGUGAACAUUAAGAACAAGAUAGUGAUGCUCGAAAAGGAAACCUAUAAGUGGCUAGAGCGCGCCAGACAUUCCGAAGCCGCUGAUAACAGUUCGACAGUGGCACCGGGCCACCAGGGAACCCCUGCCCGCCUGUACCUGAUAGAACGGUAUUCUGGGAUCAUAAAGAACAUGUACGAAAGGAGCCCGUAUCAUCAGGAGUCUGUGUUUUUCGUGGACAUCGCGCCGCCGCCGCCGCCGCCGUACAGGCGCCAAUAUAAAAUAUCUAAUCUGUAUCUCAUUACCAACGUGUUGAGGUACCGUAGUUUGCGCGAAGGCAGCAACUAUUUCGUCGAGCUCGCCGCAUCUGUCGCCGACGGUCCAAUCGGGAAUAUCAGCCAGGGUUUCGAAAUCGAAUUUUUUAUGGACAUUCGCAAAUAUGAUACGCUAAAUAUAUUCGGACCGGCCGGCGGAGUCAGUGGCGACAAGCUGCAAAGCAAGCGCGAGUUGUUCUUCAAGAAUGACGUGUCGAACAACACAAGCUCAGCUACUCCACCUGCCGUCCAGUCGAAUGCCAACAAUUCAAUUGCUCCAGUGUCCAAUUCGUUGCCCCAACAAAACUCUACCAUCAAUUCAAUGUCCAACCAAAGCGCUAGUCUGCCACCGUCCGGACCAAUGAACAAACCGCGACUGCCCAUCGCUAAAUCCGAGUCGUCGGAUUCCUCGGACAACAAAGAAAAACUAAUUAAAACCGAACAAUCGGCUGCUGUAAAGUCAAACGAGAGGAAGGUCAAAAAAUUAGAUGGCUAUGUCGGAUUUGCUAAUUUACCAAAUCAAGUGUAUCGCAAAGCCGUUAAAAAAGGCUUUGAGUUUACCCUAAUGGUAGUAGGACGAUCGGGUCUUGGAAAAUCCACUUUAAUAAACACCAUGUUCCUGGCUGAUAUCUACGGUAAAGACCACCCUGGACCUUCCCUUCGCGUGGGAAAAACCGUAAGAGUGGAAACCAACAGAUGUCUGUUGAAAGAGAAGGGCGUUAACCUCACUCUUACGGUUGUCGACACACCGGGAUUUGGAGACGCUGUCGAUAAUUCAGAUUGUUGGCAACCUGUUCUGGAAUACAUUGAAUCAAGGUAUGAAGAGUAUCUGAACGCAGAAUCUAGAGUCAAUAGAAAAGUACAGCAUGACAGUAGAGUACAUUGUUGUUUAUACUUCCUGGAGUCCAAUAGUCACGGGAUGACGCCUUUAGAUGUGGAAUUCAUGCAAAGACUUCACGAUAAAGUAAACAUAAUACCUAUUAUAUCGAAAGCAGACACCAUGACUCCAGACGAAGUAAAGGAGUACAAAAAACAGAUUUUAGAUGAGAUCGCUCAACAUAAAAUAAAAAUUUACGAUUUUCCCGAUUCCGACAAAGACGAAGAUCGUGAUAAUCUAAAAAAACUCAAAGCCAGAGUACCAUUUGCAGUGGUGGGAUCGACCGAGGUCCAUGACGUAGAAGGCAAAAAGGUUCGAGGUCGAAAAUAUCCAUGGGGUCUUGUUGAAGUGGAAAAUCUUGAGCAUUGCGACUUUGUUGCAUUAAGAAAUAUGCUUCUGAGAACACACUUACAAGAUCUAAAAGAGGUGACCAGUAACGUGCACUAUGAAAACUUUAGGUUUAGGAAGUUAGCGUGCUUUUCUGCUGAUGGACCAAAAGGAAUGACAAACUCAUGCGCACCGGGAGCCAUCAACAAUUCAUUCGUUGCCGUGUGGAACCCCUUAGCCCAAAUGGAGGAUGAAAAACGCGAACAUGACGCCAAGUUAAAGAAAAUGGAAACUGAAAUGGAACAAGUUUUCGAAAUGAAAGUCAAAGAAAAGAAACAGAAGCUCAAAGAUUCAGAAAUCACCUUGCAACAGAAGAACGAACAAAUGUUGAAAAGGUUAGAAUCGGAAGCAAGCGAAUUGGACGACAGACGUCGGCAACUAGAAGCUGAAAUUAGAGAUUGGGAAAACAGCAGUGGUGUCAGUCUAGACGAAUUGAGAAGACGGUCGUUAGAAAGAGAAACUACCGAUGGAAAAGAGAAAAAAAUCAAGAAAAAAGGAUUGUUCUGAAACGGUAACGUGCCAUGUGUAUAAUAGUACCCUAUUAAACUAUUUAAAAAAUGACUGUAACUUUAUGACCAAGUUGUAAAAAUUGGGUACAAUUUCGUUUGAACACAGCAAACGAGUGUACAUAGAAUUAAGAAAUAACAAAUCGCUGCUGUCGAACUUGUUACCAAUAAUGUGUAUACGAUACACAUUUUAAACUAUUAUAGAUUAUUCAUUACAAUUUUUAUAACUAUCUUUUUUCUGUGUUCGAAAAAACAAAAAAUUAUUUUUUAAUGUAAUAAAUGUAAUUGGACUAUAUAUUUUUAUCCAACUAUGCGCAUUUAUAAAACGAGUUUUUAAAAUUAAGUAAUUUCCAAAAUUGGUUUUUUGGAACCCUAAUUUUUAUCAAUAGUGAUCAAAACUAUAAAGCUCAAUAAUAAUUGGUCUUCAUUAUUAAAU